UAGGCAAGUCUGUCAGCAAAAUAGGGUUGGUACUCUAACUAUCCUAUUUUAGACUCUUACAAAACCACAGCACAAAUUCAACUUCUCACCACUUCACACAUACAACCAACUUCCUCUUCCCCGAGGUUACAUUGAAAACAACUAGUUCCUCCAGAUCGAUCCAUAAUUCUGGGACUAUCCAUCACUCUACACUCAACAUUCGACACGGAUAGUUUCACUUUCGAUACCUUGUUGGCCAUCCACCCUUAACAACCUCAGAUUCGAGUAGUUUGUCUCAGCCAAACUAACCGCACAAUUUAGCAACUGCAACAGCAACAGCAGUCCUAUCCAACUCGACUCUGAUUCUCUUGCAGACAUCUACAUCUUGAUAUCUACCAAUACUACUUGAGAGUGCACAUUGAAGAAAGUCAUCAUCAUGUCUGCGGUUGCUGCGAAAAAUCGUUUGAUGACCGAGUACAAGGGGCUCGAAAAGGAGAAAUGGGUCAAUAUCGAGGUAGGAGAAUCUGGACUAUGACUGCUGUUCUCAAAGCUAACACCAUAUACAGCUGAAUGAAGGGGCCCUCUUUAAAUGGGAAAUUGGUCUGAUGGUCGUUAAUGAUGAAAGUGCCUUCAACGGUGGCUACUUCAAGGUGAGGAUUGUUUAUUUCACUGUGUCUUACAGCUGCUGAUUUUUAACCCUAGGCCGAAAUGACUUUCACCGACAAUUAUCCUUACAGUCCUCCUACCUUUAAGUUCCUCCGACCUAUUCAACAUCCAAAUAUCUACCCCGAUGGCAAAUUAUGCAUAUCGAUCUUGCACCCACCUGGAGAAGAUGAGCAGUCCGGGGAAUCUGCCAGUGAGCGUUGGUCACCAUUACAAGGGGUAGAAUCAGUCUUGCGUUCUAUCCUCCUCCUUCUCGAUGCCCCUGAGAUCAAUUCUCCUGCAAAUGUCGACGCAGGCGUCAUGUAUCGCGACAAUAGAGAAAAAUAUAAUGAGAAAGCUAAGGAGGCCGUGGCUGCCUCGAAGCAAGAUAUUCCAGCCGGGUUCGAAAUGCCCACAACACUUGAGACUGCCCCUCCUGCCAAGCCUGUAGACGACGAUGCAUUCUGGGCCGAGAGCGAUGAAGAGGACGAUUUUGGAGCCAGCGAUAGUUCUGAAGACUUUGGCAUGGAGGAUGGAGACGAAGAGGAAGAGGAAGAUGAUGGGGAGGAACAAGAGGAAGAUGAAGAUAUGGAGGAUUAGAUGGAAACAGAGCUAUCAAGCCUGUUUCAUUCUCAUUCAUGAAAUUCACGGCUUCUUCCUCGAUCCUCCUGCCUCGUCAUAUCUCACCCCGACAUUCCGCCAAAUCACAUCAUGGUCAACUUCGAUAGAGGGAGCAUAAUCUUACUUUAUUUUACAAUGCAUAGCAUAGCGGCGGUCCGCUCGGUUAACACGGUGGGCGCAAGGGGAAAUGCAGGCAGGUAUGCAUUCGAGGCGUAUAACAUGCUUUUUACAUUGGGGAUCUUAAGGCUUUUAGAUUAUGGGGAAUAUGAACUGGGUGUUACAUACUUUUUGGGGGUCGGGGCGUAAUUUGUAAUGGGCUUUUGCAGCAGAUAGCAAGACUGGGUAAAUAUUUGCAGGCUGUA